ACGUUCAGCUUACUCAGUCGGCCCCCACUGGUCCUCUAUAUUUGCGACUUCCAAUAUAUCCUUUUCUUCUCUUUCCUUUCUGCUUACUGAUUACUUCACAAACACACUGAUAUAGUUGUGAUUGUUAAGUAAAAGCCGUGUUAGUAUUAGAUCUGUACACCACAUUUCCCACAAAAAUAAACCCUACACUGUCUGAUCCGAGUGACUGAAGAUGGCAGAAGUGGAUGCUCAAAAUCCUCUUCGUGGAGAAACAAGUUGUAGUUUUCUACUACAACAGUUGCAGCAAAUAUGGGAUGAAGUUGGUGAAACUGAUGAUGAUCGAGAUAAGAUGCUUCUUCAGAUAGACCAAGAGUGCUUGGAUGUCUACAAGAGAAAGGUUGAUCAAGCAGUGAAGUCACGGGCUCACCUUCUUGAGGCUUUGGCAGAUGCCAAAGUUGAAUUCUCCAGGCUGCUAUCCGCCCUUGGAGAGAAAACAUGUGAUGGAAUUCCUGAGAAGACUUCAGGCUCAAUUAAAGAACAACUUGCAGCUAUAGCACCAGCGCUGGAAAAACUGUGGAAACAGAAAGACGAUAGGGUAAAAGAGUUCUUGGAUGUACAAUCACAAAUUGAGAAGAUUAGCAGUGAGAUAGCAGGGACUAGUGAACAAGUAGAGAGUCCUAAAGUAGACGAGUCUGAUUUAUCUCUUAAAAAGCUGGAUGAGUUUCAUGGACAGCUUCAAGAUCUUCAAAAAGAAAAGAGUGAGAGACUGCACAAAGUCCUUGCAUUCGUGAGCACAAUACAUGACCUAUGUGCUGUUCUAGGCAUUGACUUCUUUAGUACUGUCACUGAAGUUCACCCAAGCCUGAAUGAUUCUACUGGUGUACAAUCAGAAAGUAUAACCAAUGACACACUAUCAAGUCUGGCUAGAACAGUCUUAGCAUUAAAGGAAGAUAAGAAGCAAAGAUUGCAGAAGCUCCAAGAACUUGCAACUCAGCUUAUUGAUUUAUGGAAUUUGAUGGAUACAACCGAAGAAGAACGAAGGUUGUUUGACCAUGUCACAUGCAACAUAUCGGCUUCAGUUGAUGAAGUGUCUGCUCCUGGGGCUCUUGCUCUUGAUCUGAUUGAACAGGCUGAAGUGAAAGUUGAAAGACUUGAUCAACUUAAAGCUAGCAGGAUGAAGGAGAUUUCUUUCAAAAGACAGGCUGAACUGGAAGACAUUUAUGCUCGUGCCCACAUAGAGAUUGAUACUGAGGCGGCUCGAGAAAAAAUUAUGGCACUGAUCAAUUCUGGGAGUGUUGAUCCUGCAGAGUUACUAGCUGACAUGGACAAUCAGAUUGUAAAUGCAAAAGAAGAGGCUCAUAGCAGGAAAGAAAUAUUGGAUAAAGUUGAGAAAUGGAUGGCAGCUUGUGAAGAAGAGAGCUGGCUUGAAGACUACAACCGGGAUCAUAACCGGUAUAAUGCAAGCAGAGGUGCACACUUAAAUUUGAAGAGGGCUGAAAAGGCUCGGAUAUUGGUCAGCAAAAUUCCAGCUCUUGUGGACUCCUUGAUUGCCAAAACAAGAGCAUGGGAACAAGAUCGCGACACCACAUUCGCAUAUGAUGGUGUUCCACUGCUUGCCAUGCUAGACGAAUAUAUGAUGCUCAGGCACGAUAGAGAAGAAGAGAAAAGAAGGUUGAGGGACCAGAAGAAGUUCCAUGAGCAGGUCAAAGAACAAGAAACACCAUUCGGAUCAACACCAAGCCCUGCUCGACCGCUUAGUACAACAAAGAAGGUGGUGGGUCCACGAGCAAAUGGGUCAGCCAACAGAAGGCAUUCUCUUAACUCACAUCAAAAUGGUUCCAGGUCAACAACUAAAGAUGGAAAGAGAGACCACUCAAGAACGGUUGCUCCUGUGAACUUUGUUGCCAUUUCAAAAGAUGACGCAGCCUCUCACAUUUCCGGAACUGAACGUCUUCCCAGCACACCAUAGUAACUACUGAAUUAGAGAAUAUGUGCAAUAUCUUCUGUUAUUAGUAGUCCGGAUCAUGUAGCAGGAUAAAUAUUUUGACUUGAGUAAUCACAUAUGGAGACUGAUUGUAUUAUAGUGGUAAUAGUAGAAAUUCCUUUGAAUCGUUUGCAUU